AUGAAAAAAUUCUUUUCAAAAUUAUUGUGUCAAUGUAAUAGUGAUGAUCAUCAUCCUAAUGAUCAUGAUAAAUAAUAGAUUUCAGAUACUAAUGGGAGUUCAGUAAUUGUACAAAAUCAUUAUUUAUAAACUUCAAAUCUUUAAAGAAAUUCAAGUUUAUAGAUAUUACUUUCUUAAAUUUCUCAUAAUGAAUUUGAUUAUCAAACUAACUUAUCACAAAAACAUUUAUUUAUUUGCAAAAAAACUUAGAAAUAAUUCACUUAUCCAGAAGAUGACUAUAAAAUUAACCAUAAGAAUAUUUUUGAUUUAUAUUAUUAGAAAACAAUCAAAUAUGAUUUAAAUUAUAGAUAUAUAGCACCUCAUUAACUUUGUAAAUAUAUAGCAAAAAGAUGUAUUGAAACUGAUUAUAUGCUUGAAAUUAAUUCAUAAUUUAAUUAGCAUUCUAUAUAAGUAGAUUGUUUUACUAUCUUUUUAGUUUGCAAAUGCCGGAAUAUUUAUUACUGCUAUUGAGACAAACUCUAAAAAUGCCAUUUAAGGUUUAUAGAAUGUUAUAUAAUAUGAUUUAUAAAAUAAGAUUGAUAUAAUCAAUGGGGAAUUCACAUAAUUGGGAGGAACAUUUGAAUUAAAUGAUGGUAUUUUUGUUAACUUAUGCAAUUAUGAGAAAGUUAAAUAAGGUGAUCAAUUAAAAAAAACUAUUUAGAAAUGUUUCGCUAGUAAUCCUAAUAUUAUUAUUAUAACAAAUCAAAAAAAGACAAAUUUUUUAUAUAAUUCAUUAGAAGAUUUUGUAUAUUUCGAAAAAUAAAAUAUUAUUAUAAAUGAUAUACAUAUAUUUACUAUUUAUUAUUUUGGAAAAUAUUGUAAUAUUCAAUAAUCAGAAUUAAUUGAUGAAAUAUAGAAUAUAUUUCCUAUUAAUACUUAUUAAUAAUAUGAUUUAAGUGCUUCUAUAAGAAAUAUCUUGAUUGAAUUGUUUCAAACUGUUAAUUUUCAAAAAAUACUUUCUGUACUUUUAAUAACUUUAAAUUAAAUUAAUGAUAAAUCAGAAAUAUUAAAUGUCUUUCUAAAAGAAUUGGAAAAACAAAAGAUUUUUUCCCAAGAGAGAUUAAAACAAGUAAUAAUAAAAUCUAUUUAGAUUCAUAUUUAAGGAGCAACUUCACCAAGUACAAUUAAAUAUCAUAAUCAUCCAAGUUCAGUAAACAGAAUAAUUAAAGGUAAAUAAAUAAUAUGUAAAUAUUAUUAGAAGCUUCAGUAUCGUAGUCUUAAAGCUAAGCAUCUUUUAAUAUAUUGCUACCUUCUUAAUUAAGAAAUUCAGGAUACAGUUCAUUCGAUUAAUAAAUAUAAUCUGCAAAAUUUAAGGAUGAAUGA